UUGGGGGGGUCGCUGUAAUUGGUAAGGGUUUACCAGUUCCUGUUCUAAGGGGCGGGAAUACCCUUCCCUCGGACCUCAUCUCCUGUUUCUCCUCCCUCCCUUGGGAUUCCAGGACCCCGGGGUCCGCCAUAAAGGCGGAGCUUGAAGCCCCUGAGUUGGGGGAGCGGUGCUGCCCCUCCUCCGGCGGUGAUGUCACUCCCCCCUCCGCAGCCUCUUGCUGCCCAGAGCUGCCGGGGCUGGGUCACCCCUCCCCCCAUCUCGAGCCCUGGAUUCCCCCAUCCCCGCCUCGCCUCGACUUGGGGCGCCGCCUCCUCCCUCCGCAGCCCCAGCCGCAGCCGCUGGCCCCGCCCCAGCCCCCUGAGCCUGCGCUCUGCCUCUCGGAGCCUAGGGCCCGCUCCGAGGCGGUCCCCUUUUUCUGGCCCCGCCCCUCACUCUCCAUUCUUCCCCAGAACCCCACCUGUCAGACUCCUAGCCCACCCCAUUUUUUAUCGGUCCUGCCUAUUGCCUCAGUCUAGACGGUGCUUCCUGGCGCUUUGGCCUCUCCCCUCUCCCGUCCUCUCUGCCUCCUUGCGUGCACCCUCCUCACCAGCCCUCAUCUACCCUGGGUCCUCCAAUCUGCAGUCCGCCGCGGUGUAGCCUUCGUUAGAAGUUCUCGCCUCGCCCUUUGAGGACCCUGUGACCUUUAGGCAGUGCCCUGUCCCAGGUCUUCUGAUCCCCAAGACUCCCCGUUCCAGGUCCCUCCCCUCCAUCCAGCCCAGUAGCUUUGUACUCUUUGUAAUCUCAUUGUUCCCCUAGGACCCACCUCUCCCGUUCCUCUACCCUCCCUUAGCCCUGCCCUGCCCUCGCCUACCCUGGUUGCUUUCAAGCCCCUCAUAGCCCCGCUCCUCCCUUAGUCACUCUUUCCUACCGCCCAUUCAAGACGUUUUCUUUUUCUUUUAUUUAUUUAUUUAUUUUUUGACACAGAGUCUCGCUCUGUCGCCCAGGCUGGAGUGGAGUGGUGCGAUCUCUACUCAUUGUAACCUCUGCUUCCCAGGUUCAAGCGAUUCUUCUGCUAAAACUCCCGAGUAGCUGGGACUACAGGCACCCACCACCACGCCCGACUAAUUUUUGUAUUUUUAGUAGAGGCGGGGUUUCACCAUUUUGGCCAGGCUGGUCUCGAACUCCUGACCUCAAAUGAUCCACCCACCUCAGCCUCGCAAAGUGCUGACAUUACAGGCGUGAGCCCUGCCUCCAGACGUUUUCUAUUUGUCGACCCCACUCACCUUCCUCAGUACCACUCAUCCAUCCGGACACUCAUUCUCUGAGCCCAGCCCCGACUAACCAGGCCCACCUUGGAGCCUCAGCCCCGCCCCCUCCUUACUCUCCCCCUUUCUUAGGCCUAUCCAGACCCUCUCGAGUUUCCACGCCUCUCUCAGGUCUCUACGCCUUCUCACCGAGUCUAAGUCUUUGUUCUUCUCGUGUCCCCUUUCAGUCCAGCCUGUUUCCCUUGCGCGGGAAAGUCCUCCAUCUCUAGUUCCCGCCCCAGUGCAGUCUCAUCUGAACUGUUUCUAGUUUCUGCGGCCCUGUCUCUUCCAAGCAGUGCUCCUCCCCACCAGGUCCUGCCUAGCGGUGUUUUAGGUGAGGGCGUGCGAUCUCUUUUGUUUCUCUCCGCCCCUUUCCCAGCCCAAUCAGGACGGCCUCUCUCAUGGUGGCCCCGCCCCCCCAGGCCAGUCGGGCUUCUUUAAAUAGCUUGGACGUGUCCGCUCCUCCCUCUACCCCGCCCGCACUUUUUUCAGUUCAAUAAGGUCUCUCUCUCUCGUAUCUAGCCCCGCCUUCCCCUAGCUACCAGUGCUGCCGAACACAAUUAGUAGUAACCGGUCCCGCCUCCUUUGACGCCCCGCCCCGCCCCUCCGCCCUGCUCUCUUAGAAAGAGCCAAUCGCUGCGUCUCAUUGGCGGCCCCGCCUCGUCCAGCUGGGUCGCGUUACAGUGCCCGCCCCACUCCUCCCGGCCACAGCCCCACCCCACCUCCCCCAGGCCAAUCAGUUUGGUUCCUCUCCCCUGAGCCACGCCCCCGCUACCUCGCUCCUCCUCCCACCCAA